CCUGUAUAGGCAGAGUGGGCGCGGUCAAAGGACUCUCAGGUAGAUUUCCACAGAGCACAGGUGUGGCGGAACAAGUUUCCUGUUCAGACAACAAUCAGAAGACCCUCCUGUCAUCAUCAUGGCUUCUUUAUGGGACGACCUGGACGACCUGGUGAACAAACCUUCAUCCUUCUCUGCUAAAGGCGGUGAGAGAGGAACCAUCAAACCCAACGCUCACUUUGAUGCUGGAGACGAUGCUGAGGCUCUGAAGAAGGCCAUGAAAGGAAUUGGCACCAAUGAGAAGACUCUGAUCGACAUCCUGACCCACAGGAGCAGCGCUCAGAGACAGCUCAUCAGUGAGGCUUAUCAGGCGACCACAGGCACAGCAUUGGUGGACGACCUGAAAGGAGAAACUGGCGGGGACUUUGAGGAUCUGUUGGUGGCGCUGGUGACGCCUCCUGCAGUGUACGACUGUCAUGAAGUGAUGAGAGCCAUGAAGGGAGGAGGGACCGUAGAAAGCGUCCUGAUCGAGAUCUUUGCCUCCAGAUCCAACGAACAGAUCCAAGCUCUCAACAAGGUCUACCUGACAGAAACGGAGAAGAUGGUGACCCUCGACAUGAAGUCCGAAAUUUCCGGAGACUUCGGCGAUGCUCUGCUCGUGCUGGCCGAGGGUCAGAGGGACGAGAGCACCACUGUGGAUACACAGAAGGCUAAAGAAGACGCCAAGACCCUUUAUGAAGCCGGGGAGAAGAAGUGGGGAACCGAUGAGUCUAAGUUUAUUGAAAUCCUCUGUCAUAGGAGCAUACCUCAGCUCAGACAGACUCUUGUGGAAUAUAAGAACAUCAGUGGAAAGACUCUGCAGCAGAGCAUCGAGGGAGAAAUAUCUGGAGAUCUGCAGGAGCUGCUGGUGGCGAUAGUGAAGUGUGUGAAGAGUGUCCCGGCUUACUUUGCAGAGCUUCUCUAUCAGAGCAUGAAGGGCUGUGGAACAGAUGAGUGGACUCUGAACAGGGUCAUGGUGAGUCGGUCUGAGAUCGACCUGCUGGACAUCCGAGCAGAGUUUAAGAAGCUGUACGAGUACUCGCUGCACUCGGCCAUCGAGUCUGAUGUGUCGGGGGAGCACGGGGACGCUCUGAAGCUGAUCUGUGGAGGAGACGACUAACACACCUGAGCUCACCUGAACCCUCAGUACCCAUCUCUCUCUGUCUUCACUGACUCACCUGAACCCUCAGUACCCAUCUCUCUCUGUCUUCACUGACUCACCUGAACCCUCAGUACCCAUCUCUCUCUGUUCCUUCACUAACUCACCUGAACCCUCAGUACCCAUCUCUCUCUGUCUUCACUGACUCACCUGAACCCUCAGUACCCAUCUCUCUCUGUUCCUUCACUAACUCACCUGAACCCUCAGUACCCAUCUCUCUCUGUCUUCACUAACUCACCUGAGGCCUCAGUACCCAUCUCUCCCUGUCUUCACUGACUCACCUGAACCCUCAGUACCCAUCUCUCUCUGUCUUCACUGACUCACCUGAACCCUCAGUACCCAUCUCUCUCUGUUCCUUCACUAACUCACCUGAACCCUCAGUACCCAUCUCUCUCUGUCUUCACUAACUCACCUGAACCCUCAGUACCCAUCUCUCUCUGUUCCUUCACUAACUCACCUGAACCCUCAGUACCCAUCUCUCUCUGUCUUCACUAACUCACCUGAACCCUCAGUACCCAUCUCUCUCUGUUCCUUCACUGACUCACCUGAACCCUCAGUACCCAUCUCUCUCUGUCUUCACUGACUCACCUGAACCCUCAGUACCCAUCUCUCUCUGUCUUCACUGACUCACCUGAACCCUCAGUACCCAUCUCUCUCUGUUCCUUCACUAACUCACCUGAACCCUCAGUACCCAUCUCUCUCUGUCUUCACUAACUCACCUGAGGCCUCAGUACCCAUCUCUCUCUGUCUUCACUAACUCACCUGAACCCUCAGUACCCAUCUCUCUCUGUCUUCACUGAUUCAGGACUCUGCUGUCUAUUAGAGGUGCAUGUGAAUAAAGUGUGCAGAGGGUAAUCAGUAAUGUACGCCUGUUUGUGUUUCAGUCUGACGUUGGAGGAGAUUAUAGAAAGAUUCUGCUAAAGCUCUGUGGAGGAGAUGAUGAUUAACAUCAUGUCUGUUUAUCUUUCUGCUCUUCAAAAACGUGAACGUUAAAACAACUGGAAAUAAUAAAAUGACUCUGAUGAGGUA